AUGGCGGACAUCAAAAUCGACAGCAAGGCCUUCCAGGAGCGCCUGUCGCACUUUAUCGCGGCAUGGAAGGCCGACAAGCGUGCCGGCGACGCGCUCUUUGCCGGCGCCUCCUCCAUCGUCAUCUUGAUGGGCAAGGUUGACGAGGAGCCCGAAUUUUACAAAAACAAUGCCAUGCAUUUCUGGCUCCUCGGCUACGAGUUCCCGACCACCCUGAUGCUCUUUACACUCGACACCCUAUACAUCCUCACAACACAAAAGAAAGCGAAGUACCUCGACCAGAUCAAGGGCGGCCGUUUCCCUGUCGAAGUCCUCGUCCGAAGCAAGGACGCCGCCGAAAACGAGAAGCUUUUCGUCAAGAUUACAGAUGCGAUCAAGGCGGCAGGCAAAAAAGUGGGUGUGCUCUCCAAGGACACCUCCAAGGGCCCAUUCGUCGACGAGUGGAAGAAGGCGCUUGCCGACAACUGCAAGGAUGUUGAGGAGGUCGACAUUGCGCAGGCCUUGUCCGCUGGUGCCUUCUCCGUCAAGGAUGAGGCAGAGUUGCGGGCCAUGCGGACCUCGUCCAAGGCCUGCGUCGCCCUCCUGACCCCCUACUUCCUCGAUGAGAUGUCCGACAUUCUCGACCAGGAUAAGAAGAUCAAGCACAGCGUGCUAGCCGACAAGGUUUUCAGCAAGAUCGAGGACACCAAGUUCUGGAAAACCGUGGAGCUUCCUAAUCGCCAAAAGAUGCCUGCAGAUUUUGACCCCGAGCAGCUCGAUUGGAUCCUAGGGCCGAUGGUGCAGAGCGGGGGGAAGUUCGACCUGAAAUGGCAUGCUGACGCCGAUGACCAACCGCUCCACCCAGGCAUCAUUGUCGCAGCUAUGGGUUUGCGAUAUAAGUCCUACUGCUCGCAGAUCGCCCGGACUUUCAUGGUUGACCCCAACAAGUCCCAAGAAAGCAACUACAAAUUCCUCCUCGCAGUCCACAACCUGAUCCUAAAGGAGAUUCGCGACGGUGUUGCCGUUAAAGAUGUCUACAGCAAGGCUCUAGGCCUAAUCAAGUCCAAGAAGCCCGAGCUUGAGAAGCAUUUCCUGAAGAACGUCGGGUACGGUAUCGGGCUCGAGAACAGGGACCCUACGCUGGUCAUUAGCGCCAAGAACUCGAGGACGCUGCGUGACGGUAUGACGCUUUGCAUCACCACCGGAUUCAGCGAUAUCCAAAACCCAGAUCCUCAAGAUAAGAAUAGCAAGGUUUACUCGCUUGUUCUUACCGACACGAUUCGUGUCACCGCUGGUGAGGUGGUCGUGUUCACCGGCGAGGCGCCCGUCGACGCGGACGCGACAUCCUUCUUCUUCAAGGACGAGGAGGAGGCCCAGCCAACGCCGAAGAAGGAGAAGAGGGACUCGCGGGUGGGUGCUGUUGCCACUAAGAACAUCACCAGCACACGGCUACGUUCCGAACGGAAUACGGCUCCCGAUGACGAUGCCGACAAGCGACGCAAAAAUCACCAAAAAGAGCUCGCGGCCAGGAAGCAGAAGGAGGGCUUGACCAAGUACGCCGAGUCCACUGAUGACAAGAACGGUGUCGAGGUCAAGAAAUUCAAGCGCUUCGAGUCGUACAAGCGAGACAACCAGUUCCCACCCAAGAUUCGCGAUAUGGGCAUCGUUAUUGACCAGAAGAACGCAACCAUCGUCCUUCCCGUAAUGGGGCGGCCUGUCCCCUUCCAUAUCAACACCAUCAAAAACGCCAGCAAGAGUGAUGAGAAUGACUGGUCGUUCCUGCGUAUCAACUUCCUUUCUCCAGGCCAGGGCGUCGGCCGCAAGGAUGAUCAACCCUUUGAGGACGCAACAGCCCAUUUCGUCAGGAGUUUGACUUUCCGGUCCAUGGAUGGCGAUCGAUAUGCGGACAUCGCAAAUCAGAUUUCGAACAUGAAACGCGAGUCCGUCAAGAAGGAACAGGAGAAGAAGGACAUGGAAGAUGUCGUGGAGCAGGACAAGCUAGUCGAGAUAAGAAAUCGACGCCCUGCCGUGCUAGAUAACGUCUUCAUUCGGCCGGCCAUGGAAGGCAAGCGGGUACCCGGGAAAGUCGAGAUACACCAGAACGGUAUCCGAUACCAGUCGCCCCUCAGUACCACACAACGAGUCGACGUCCUGUUUUCCAACGUCCGCCACCUCUUCUUCCAGCCAUGCCAGAAUGAGCUGAUCGUCAUCAUUCACCUUCACCUCAAGGACCCAAUCCUCUUCGGCAAGAAAAAGACGAAAGACGUUCAGUUCUACAGGGAGGCGACUGAUAUCCAGUUUGACGAGACCGGCAACCGGAAGCGCAAGUACAGAUAUGGCGACGAAGAUGAGUUUGAGGCCGAACAAGAAGAGCGCCGCCGCCGUGCGGAGCUUGACCGUCUCUUCAAGAGCUUCGCUGAGAAGAUUGCCGAGGCCGGCCGCAAUGAAGGCAUCGAAGUGGACAUGCCACUUCGCGACCUCGGCUUCCACGGCGUACCCAACCGUAGCAACGUCUACAUCCAGCCAACCACCGAGUGCCUCAUCCAAAUCACCGAGCCGCCGUUCAUGGUUAUCACGCUCGAUGACAUCGAGGUCGCCCAUCUGGAACGUGUGCAGUUCGGUCUCAAGAACUUUGAUCUCGUCUUCGUCUUUAAGGACUUUAGCAGACCGCCCGCCCACGUCAACACCAUCCCUGUCGAGUCGCUCGAGGACGUGAAGGAGUUCCUCGACUCAUCAGACCUCUCUUACUCAGAAGGUCCGCUCAACCUCAAUUGGUCGGUUAUCAUGAAGACUGUCACGGCCGACCCGCACCAGUUCUUCGUCGACGGCGGCUGGGGAUUCCUACAGAACGACUCGGACGAUGAGGACGGCUCCGAAGAGGAGGAGGAAGAGAGCACGUUCGAGAUUGACGAGAGCGAGCUUGAGGAGGCGUCCGAUUCAAGCGAAGAGGGCUCGGACUAUGACUCGAACGCGUCGGCUGAUGCGAGCGACGAGGCCGAGAUGAGCGACGAGGAGGAGGGUGAGGACUGGGAUGAGCUCGAGCGGAAGGCUAAGAAGAGGGAUCGUGAGAGUGCGCUCGAGGAGGAAGAACAGCGGGGAGGCAAGAAGAAGCAACGGAAGAGAUGA